UCAUUAACUCCACCUAGCAGUGGUUAGUCACCGGCUCACCUGAGUUAGAAAAAUUUAGGAUACAAAUUUGUCAAAUACACCAAGAAUCAAGGAUAGAUUAGUCAAGUCAAGAUUAUUUACCUAUUGGUUAGUUGCUAGGUGACUAGGAUGGAUGGGGGUAAGAAGGUGUGGGUGCCUCACCCCUUAGAAGGCUACAAACUAGGACGUAUUGUAGACAUUGGGUCAGAUACCAUCGCAGUAGAGCCAUUUGAUUCUCCUGGAAAGUCAAUCAGUGCCCCCUAUGACAGAGUAUUUCCCGCUGAGGAAUAUGACAACAAAGAUGUCGAAGAUAACUGUGGGCUUAUGUACUUAAAUGAGGCUACCCUACUCAACAAUAUAAGAAUCCGCUAUAUGAAAAACUCUAUAUAUACCUAUGUAGCCAACAUUCUCAUCGCUAUCAACCCAUACUUUGAGAUCCCCACUCUGUAUGACAGUGCUUGUAUCAAGAAAUACCAGGGGAAAUCCCUUGGAACAGUUCCACCUCAUUGCUUCGCUAUAGCUGACAAAUCCUACAGGGACAUGAAGACCCUAAAGAAGAGCCAAUCCAUCAUAGUGAGUGGUGAAUCAGGGGCUGGAAAAACAGAGUCCACCAAAUAUAUCCUAAAGUAUCUAACAGAAUCAUGGGGCAGUCACGCGGGACAAAUUGAGGCCAGAAUCGUAGAAUCUAAUCCCCUCCUAGAAGCAUUUGGUAAUGCUAAAACUGUGAGAAAUAACAACAGUAGUAGGUUUGGAAAGUUUGUCGAGAUACAUUUCAAUAACAAGUACUCAGUGGUUGGAGGACAGAUUUCCCAUUAUCUGCUAGAGAAAUCUCGAAUAUGCGUGCAGAGCCGGGAAGAGCGCAAUUACCAUAUUUUCUAUCGCAUGUGUGCUGGAGCACCUGACGAUUUGAGACAAAAACUACAACUUGGUCCACCUGAUACAUUCCAUUACCUGAACCGUGGCAAUUCACAAUACUUCUGCAACAAAAACUCACUGAAGACUAUUAAUAAGAAUAGGCUCAGUAAACAGUUCCUGAAAGAUGGCGCCCUGAAAGACAUCCAAUUGGACGACAUGAAUGACUUUAAGGCCACUGACAAAGCCCUCAGUGAUAUGAUGAUAGAUGAUAAGGACAAACUAGAUAUAUACACCAUUGUAGCUGCAGUCCUACAUCUAGGAAACAUUAAUUUUGAGGAUAAUGUUGAGGAUUCAAAAGGGGGUUGCAAAGUGACCAAGGCUACUGAGGGUACAUUGGCCCAUGCUGCCAGUCUGCUAGGCUCUGAAAAAGAUGAGUUGAGAGAAGCUCUUAUCACAAGAGUUAUGACCAGCAAAGGUGGACUAAAAGGAACUGUCAUAAAAGUUCCUCUCAAGCCCCACGAGGCUGCCAAUGCGCGAGAUGCUCUUGCUAAGGCUGUUUACUCCAGGCUGUUUGACUACCUUGUGAAAAGAGUGAACCAGGCCCUACCAUUCACCAGUUCAACUAGCUAUAUUGGAGUACUUGACAUUGCUGGCUUUGAGUAUUUCCAAGUGAAUAGUUUCGAACAGUUCUGUAUUAACUACUGUAAUGAAAAGCUACAGCAAUUCUUCAAUGAUAGAAUUCUCAAGGAGGAACAAGCCCUGUAUGACAAGGAAGGACUAGGUGUGAAGAAAAUUGAAUAUGUGGAUAACCAGGAUUGUAUAGAUCUUAUAGAAGGGCGCAGUAUAGGAAUAUUUGACCUGCUAGAUGAGGAAAACAAACUACCAAGACCAAGUCCUGAUCACUUCACCUCAGAGGUUCAUGGCAAAAACAAAAACCAUUUUAGACUCUCAAUUCCAAGGAAAUCGAAGCUGAAAUCGCACAGAGAUGUAAGGGAUGAUGAAGGAUUCCUCAUCCGCCAUUUUGCUGGUGCCGUCUGCUACCAUACUCAAAACUUCCUUGAGAAGAACAAUGAUGCCCUUCAUGCCUCAUUGGAAGCCAUACUCACUGUGAGCAAGAAUAAGCUAGUCAAAGGUCUGUUUGAUGGGAAGACGACGAAUGCUACACAAGGCAAGCUGGCAUUUAUAAGCGUCGGCAGCAAGUUCCAGAAGCAGUUGACGGAGCUAAUGGAGAAGCUAAGGAGCACUGGUACAAGUUUCAUCAGGUGUAUUAAACCCAACAUGAAGAUGGUGGAUCAUCUGUUUGAAGGUGCAAACAUCCUCACUCAGUUACAGUGUUCUGGAAUGACAUCUGUACUGGACUUGAUGCAACAAGGUUUCCCAUCAAGAACCCAGUUCUCUGACCUUUACAACAUGUACAAGUCUUACAUGCCCAAUGAGAUCAAGAGGCUGGACCCACGGCUGUUUUGCAAGGCUUUGUUCAAAGCUCUUGGCCUUAAUGAGAAUGACUUCAAGUUCGGUCUCACUAAAGUGUUUUUCCGUCCUGGGAAGUUCGCUGAAUUUGACCAGAUCAUGAAAUCAGAUCCAGAGAACCUUGCAUUGUUAAUCAAAAAGGUGAAAAGAUGGCUGAUCUGCUCAAGAUGGAAGAAAGCACAAUGGGGAGCAUUGUCUGUUAUCAAAUUGAAGAACAAGAUCCUGUACAGACGGGAGAAGCAGGUGCUCAUACAGAAGAUGAUAAGGAUGCACCUUGCCAUCAAGCACUACCAGCCACGCAUUAAGGGCAUGAAGAGAAUCAGAGAGCUCCAAGGCCAAAUCACAUCUAUGGAAAGCAUGGCUAAACAACUGAAGAAGGACAAGGCACAGGCUGAGAAGGAACUUAAGGGUAUACAAGAAAGCAUCAUUGUCGUCAUGAAGAAAAUUCAGAACAACCCAAUGACGAGGCAAGAUAUAGACAAGGAACACAACGCACUGAUGGUCACCAUUAACAACACAGUGGGAAGUUUCAAAAAGAAACUUGAGACUCAAAAGGCGAGAGAAGAGCAGGAACGUCUUCGUAAAAUCCAAGAGGAAAUGGAGAAAGAGCGGUUACGUAAACUGGAGGAGGAACGCAAGAGGAAGGAAGAAGAGGAAACAAAGAGAAUUAAAGCUGAGAUGGAGGCCCGUAGGAAAAAAGAGGAAGAGGAAAGGAAAAUCCAAGAAGAGAAGAGGCGGAAACAGGAAGAAGCUGACAGGAAGGCUGCCGAGGCGCUAGCAGCUAAACUUGCUGCUGAGGAGGCUGCAGAAAACAAACAACUGGAGCAAGAACGUCGCGAUCGUGAACUUGCUUUGCGUCUAGCCAUGGAGGACCAAAACCAAGUGGAUGAAGAGGCAGAACCAAUACAAAGGGUAGUUGCAGCAGGUGAUUCUACGAGGUCUGCAAAUGUUAUGGCGCAGAAACAACAGGGUGGUGCAAAACAAGAUCUGUCCAAGUGGAAGUAUGCUGAGUUAAGGGACACAAUUAACACAUCGUGUGAUGUUGAACUUCUAGAAGCCUGUCGUAUCGAGUUCCAUCGACGUCUCAAGGUCUACCAUGCAUGGAAAACAAAAAACAAGAAACGAACCGUCCAGCAGAAUGCAGCAGCUAGUUCAGCUGCAGCAGCGCCCCCUGCUACCCAGGCUGGGGAUGACCAGAGAGCUCCUCAGUCACUUAUGAAUGAGCAAGGUUCCCUGAUCCCUGGACUAGCGGCACCUCCUGUGCCUGCUCGCCAAAUGAAUGGCGCAGCUGACCAAGCCACCCAGCGCUACUUCAGAAUUCCGUUUGUGCGUCCCUCCGACGAGCACAGGGACAGCGAGUUCAAAAAGAAAGGAUGGUGGUAUGCACAUUUUGAUGGCAAGUGGAUAGCUCGCCAGAUGGAGCUCCAUCCAGAAAAAGAUGCAGUUCUUUUGGUUGCAGGUGUUGAUGAUAUGAAAAUGUGCGAAUUAAGCCUAGAGGAGACUGGACUAACGAGAAAACGAGGUGCUGAAAUUUUAGCCAAUGAGUUUGAAGCCGAGUGGCAAAAAAACAGCGGAGCUGGGUUGCUCCAGAAAGUCAAGCAGAGAGUGUCGUCAAAAUAUCUUCGAAAAUCUCUCGGACUACAGUGAGAAUAGUUCCUAAUAGGGACAUAAAUAUUAAAUUCAAUUUGAAACGCAGAAGUAUCUGGAGGAUUGUGACAUCGGAAAACAAUAUUUUGGUGUAUUUAUGAAAAAGAAUUUUAGAUAAACGAAUGGUCAUUUGAAAAGGAUCUGGUCUGUUAACAUUGUCCAAGAUUCAAUCCAAAAAAAUGAUUUUUAUGAUUUGGUAUUUUAUAUUGUAGAAAGUGAAGUGAACUAGAACAGUCUAUUGUCAUGUAUCCUAAAGCUAGGGACCAUAUAACGACGACAUAUCAUUCAUGUUAAGCAUUCCAUAAGUGUUCAAGUGUAACAUAUUUUUGCUUUUUAAAAUCUAAAUCAAAUUGUCUGGCAUUUUAAAGAAAAAAUAUCAAUUCAUUAAUGUUUUAAUGUUCAAUGUAAAAGUGAUGAUAUCUACAUAUUUAAGAAUUGCAAUUUAGAUCUCGUCUAAUGAAUUUUUAUUAUCUAAUAUAUAUUUAUUGUAGACAAACCAUGAAAUUGUUAUUUAUAUUGUAAGAUCAGAUUGUAUGGCUAAUUAGUCUGAGCCAAUCAAGUACAAAACAUUCCCUGACAGUGGACACCAUAUAACCUCUGGGUAACUUUUGUAUUUUAUUGUCUCAUUUCUAGUGGUGUUAUGUUAUAUUGUUGGUGUUGAAUCGAUAUCCAAGAUAUUUAUAGUGUUAUUUGUUGAAGAACUUAAAUGACUACUCGAGAAAGCAAAGUUAAUGAAAAUGAAAAUGGCGAUUAUCUUACAAGGCUCGUAGCUAUAGUCAGUGGAAGAAACUAGAGAAUAGCUCGAGUAGCUAAUGACAAUAUUUCUCAGUUAUCUUUCUUAGUUUUUGAACUUGUGUUCCUUAAAUGCAAUUUGGCACAUGUAUAUGAAAGCCAGUCGCUUAGAGUAAUGUUAGAGGAGUAUAAUGUGAUCUCCUUUUGGUUUCAGUAUAUUCAAUAUCCAGUGAAAUUUAACCUUCAUUCCAGAAAAUAAUGACGCAAAUUAUGUGAUAUGUAAAACAAGGGGGAAAGUGACCACUUUCUUUUUUUAGAUCACCCACUUUCUUUACUUAAAUCUAAUGAAAUGUAGUUAUUAAGUUAUGAUGGUAAACAUUCCAAUACAGUGUAUAAUAUUACAAACGCUAAGUAAAUUCUAUUUUAUAAAAUCUUUACUAUAUUACAAGAGCCGUUAGGUUUUCAAGGCUAUGGAGUUGGAAAACUAUGCAAAGAAAUAAAUUCAAAUAUAUCUUAUUACUUAAAUGGAUCAUUACCAUAUACCAAAGGGUUGAUACAAUCAGUGGAAAGUAUGUAUUCUGAGUUGGAACUAGUGUUACAUCUCCGAUACAAUGCUUAUUUUCAGGAUGAGAUAAUUCUCAUUAUUACAAUUUUUUCACAUUUUGACAUUGAUAAAUACACAAUAUAGAUCAUUGUUCAUAGAGAUUGUUCAUUGUUCAUUUUUUGUUUUCAACUUUUUUGUCCAAGUGCGGAAAAGUGCAUUUUUGUUUUCAACUUUUUUAUCCAAGUGCGGAAAAGUGCGUUUUUUGUUUUCAACUUUUUUGUUGUGCAGAAAAACUUUAAAAGGAUCAUUGUAAAUUUUCAGCGCUCUCUGAUCAACAAGUGAAAAUAUAACAACUCUUCAUUCUUUGCCAAGAUCGUAAAAGUGCAUUUGUAUUUCAUUUACCUAAUAUCAAUUAGUAAACUGAGAUAUGUAACAUUCAUAAGCAAUGAUUGUGUUCUGCUGAGCGCUACAUACUGUUACAACAUAUCAUGAUCAAAUGCUAUUUCUGCUUAAGACAUUGCAAUAUAAAACCCACAUCUGAUAAUGUAUUUGAGUUGAGGGAUCAGUUGGCAUUAUUUGACAUGGGACUCUAUAACAUAAGGUAAAACUACUGUAAAACACUUUGUGUUUUCUCCAUCUUGCUUUUCGAGUUUAAAAUCUUAAAACAUUUAACAGUGAAUGAAAGUAGAAUCAGUGUCAAUUAAACAAUAAUUUUAGUCCUUCAUCAAACUUUUGAAAAUAAGAAUAAACUG